AUGGACAGUGAAGUGGAAGCGAUGAACAUCAGCCUUGACAGUCCUCUAAGCCCGAGGCACCUGACCGGGUUGGGGAUGAACUGUCUUCUAGGCCAAAAGUUCCGACACUCUGGGCCGGGCCUCGCCAGUCCUCAGGAUUUCAACCAGUGGCUGCCUUAUCGCCACGACGCCAGCCUGCUGCCCAUGAAAGAAGACCUGGCCUUCUGGCUCAACACCCUCAUGGGUGUGGACCUCACAGCAGACAGUCUGAUGGAAAGCUUGGACAACGGCGUUGUACUCUGUCAGCUCGCACAGCUGCUCCAGGACAAGAUGAUCCACACCAACAACAGCAAGCCUUUAAUAAGAAGAGUGAUCCACUGGCGAGCUGAUGCAUCUUCUGGAUCAUUCUUCGCCCGAGACAACGCCGCCAACUUCCUCUACUGGUGUCGAAAGAUUGGCGUUGAUGAGGCUUACCUUUUUGAGUCAGAGGAUUUGGUCCUCCACAAACAACCUCGAGAGGUGUGCCUGUGCCUGAUGGAGCUUGGAAGGAUUGCAGCCAGGUACGGAGUAGAGCCUCCGGGGCUGGUGAAGUUGGAGAGAGAGAUCGAGAGGGAGGAGGCGGGGUGCUUAUCUCCAUCAUCCCCUCUGCCCCUCUCCUUUUUUCCUCCCAUAUCAUUGUAUUCACCAUCACAAUCAUCCCUACCCACAGCCCCCUCUCCUCCUCCCUCCCCACCUGCGCCCCUCACUCCAAGCACAACCUGUCUGUCUGAACCCCUCGCUGCCUCCCUCGCCUCUGAUCUUCCAUCAGCCACAACAAGCCCAGUACCUACAUGUUUAUCCCCUCCCCAGUCCUCCCUCUCAGCAUCUAACCCUUGCACCACCACAGCCUCAACACAAACACCUUUGUUCUCUUCAUCCUGCACCACUAACACAUCAGCUUCAGCACCCUCCAAAGUCUCUUCUGCCACAAUAAACAACCACACUCCCACUGCUACACCUCCCAUCACCUCCCCACCUGCAGCAGCUCGUUCCUCCGGCAGAUCCACAAGCCGGAGGAGAACAGGCACCAGCAACAUUUUGGAUGACAUUGUGAGAAACAUUAUUGAAAACCCCCCCUGCAGCUGUCAUACCAGGUUCCUUGUUGAGAAGCAACCUAAAGGCUGCUAUCGUGUUGGGGAAAAAGUUCUGUACAUACGGAUGCUGAACGAGCGUCAUGUGAUGGUACGUGUAGGCGGCGGCUGGGAGACCUUCACAAGUUACCUGCAGAAACAUGACCCCUGCAGAGGAGGAGGUCCGGUCAGCAGAUCUGAGGUCAGGGUCUGCAGGGACAAAGCGAAGCCACUCAGUUUGAGCAUCUCACCUGACAGCUACAUGGUGGUCGGUGCCCAUUACCGUCGCAAGAAGUAGACUCUCAGACUGCUCGCUUGUGCUUCUGGCUCUGAACAGUUCAGUUAAUCUGACCAAACGGUACAAGGUCAAGGAUUUAACAUAUAGUUUUUACCUCAAGUUGAAAAGGAA